AUGCCGUCCCAGUGGCUUGCGUGGCUUAAGGCAGCUUUUCUUGUUCUUGUUCCUAGCGGCCUGCAUUGCGCGUCUGACAGCCCCAGCCCGGCGCCGGACAUCAAGCAGACUCACAGCAAGGACACCGCUUCUCCCCGCUGCUCCCGGAGAAGCGGCGGCGCCAACCUCUUGCCGCUGGAAAACCCAUCCGGCUGCCGCACUUCUUGCAGUUUUGACCAGAGUGUUUGCCUCACAGAACACGGAGCGAGGGAGCGAGGGAGUGAGGUGAGUUUCGGAACUUUGGUAUGCUGGCUCGCCUGCAAAGACUAUGGGCAAAAGCUGAGGUAG